AUGCAGUUCCUUGACAAUCUUUGGCACCUUGUUCUCUUGGGUCUCUGUGUCGCUGGUACCCUGAUUCUUCUCUCAGUGGACAGAAUCGAGAAGAGCGGUAUCUUUGGCAGCAAACUCGAGGUUGUCGAUGAGGUUUUUAACGGUGGACGACGCUGGAUCACUCGUAACGUUAUUACCGUCGCCCUAGCGACGUCGUGUACAUUGUCACCGAGCAUCAUCUCCGAGGCUAUUUACCUCUGCAGUGUUAAUUCGCUUUGUUUAUUCGCCGCAAGGACAGCUAGCUUGCUGCUAUGCGUUUGGCUGUGGCACAAAAUUGCCCAGCUGGGCCUGGGUAGCAUGACUGCUUUUAUGGCCUUUCGUUUUAACAAUAAGUUAGCCCUAUUCCUAUACCACAUCAAUUCUAUCUUUGGAUUUAUCUACAUCCUACUCAUCUACAACGGAACUCUACUUUAUAGUCAGCUGGAGUAUUUUAAGCUGAAUGUAGAUGGAUUCCUACUGUUCAUCGGCUUCAUGCUGUUAUGCAGCUUUGGUGGGAUGCGUAUCGUCCUACCGUUGUGCUCUAUUCUCAGUGUAAUGGAAAUCUGCGGAGGCAUCAUGCUCCUGGCAAGGAUUGAAGGAUUCAACAAGACCAUGAAAGAGGCGGGCCGCAACCACUGCAGCAGUCACAACCCCCUUCACCUACUGGGCACAGUCUUCCCCCUCCUCCUGACAGCACAGCCACUAUACCAACUCUACUACCACAUCGGUCCCCAGUGGAGGGCAACGACAGCUAUAACCAUAGGAUACUGCGUUUUUAUCCUAAAGUUCCUCCUCGCCUUCUUUGCUGCACAACCCAUUAGGAUACACGGAAGGAACCUAAGUAUACCAAUUGGUCGAGACUUCCAUACAACCUUCUUCGGUACCACAGAACAGCACAACCUAAAGCGCCAGUUGGAAGGUAUCCUUCAUGGUGGGGAUCUAAGCGACUAUGCAAUCCGAGUCAGUGUUCUCAGUAAAUUGGACGGCUUUACGCUCAACUGUCUUGUCUAUGGUCCCAUGGCCGCUUUCUACAGUCUCCGACUUUGCCAAAUUGUAGGUGAACUGAGCGAAAAAUUUAUCUCACACCUCCAGAUAACGUCGGUAAAACUGACCGGAGGUGAGAUGCAGCAUAUCUAUUGUUCUCUCUAUAGCCUCAUAGCCUGUUUCGUGUUUGUGAGCCUGCUUAGCGCAGAUAGAAAUAUCCUAAUGCCUGAAUACCGCCAUGUCUCUCUGUAUGUCCCUCAUAUUACGAACUUCUUCAUGCUCAGCGUCACGACGAUGAUUGUGUUCGGCGCAGUGGCGCCUCUUGUGCGACUCGUCCACAUUCUCUCUGCAUGGGGCCUGACUACCCUCCUUACCGCCGUGCCAAUGUGCACAAUCCUCUGGAGUGGUUACAGUGCGACCAUCAGUGAGGCAGUGGUUGAUUGGGAGAUGCCCAUCGACGACAUCUGGCUAUGCCUCGGUGUGUGGACUAACUUUGGGUGUUUCCUGAUCAACAUCCUCCUUGUUGUACUACUAGUGUGCCAUUUCAAGGAAAGGGGGACAUCGAUUUCCGAAGAAAACAUUCAUCAGGCCCAACGCACCAACCGGGUUUCUCCAGGCCACUCACGAGCAGAUCACUUACCCGCAGAAAUUCGGUCUUGA